AUCUGCACGGAGUCUCCCCCUCAGUCUCUAUCUCUCUCUCUCUCUCUCCUCUCCUCUUCGACGUCACCGAUCACCAACUCUCUCUCUCUCUGGACUGUGCCUGUGGUUGUGGAAUUUCUCGGUCUUCCCCGUCUUCUCGGUCCCUGCGCAGCGCGACUCCACCGAAGCUCGGCGUCAUCCCCCCCCGCGAAGAAGAGAGAACGGCGAGCUCACGCGAAUCCUCGCUCGCCUUAAAUCCGGCGUCCUCUCUUUCUUCCUCUUCGCGCGCUCCAACGCCGGUUUGAGGCUUUCUCUCGUCACUGCUUACGCGUUCUCUUUUCUUUUUCCUCGAUACGCUGUACGUGUUCGUUGUCAGCGGCGCUAGGGACGCUUCGCCUUCCUCAGUCCGAGACUGAUGACUCCGUGAUCCGUCGGUUUCGUCUCCGAGUUCGUUUGGUUUUUCGGUUCGUGAUCGCGCGAUCGGAAGCUUGUCGCGCGGCGGGCUGUGUUGGAAGAGGAGGAGAUUGGGGGAAUCCGUUGGUGGCUCUGGAUGCUAAGAAGAGUUGUUUUUUGAAUCUGGAUUCUUUGAAAGCAGAUGGAGAAGCAGCUUUUGGACAUUCAGCCUCGUGAACUCAAAUUUCUAUUUAACCAGCACAAAGUUGAUGAAUAUGAACUGAUUACCGCUUAUCUAUUUCUCUUGUUGCUAGUUGAGCUGAAGAAGCAAAGCAUGUGUACCAUCCGACUUGCGAAUAAUUCUCACGAACAUGUCGCUUUUAAGGUUAAAACUACAUCUCCAAAGAAAUACUGUGUCCGACCAAAUGCUGGAAUUAUUGCCCCAAAAUCUGCAUGCAAUUUCAAUGUUACAAUGCAAGCUCAACGUACUGCUCCUGCGGAUAUGAUAUGCAAAGACAAGUUCUUAAUCCAAGGAACUGUUGUUCCUCCUGGUACAGCAGACGAGGACAUCACAUCUGGCAUGUUUUCAAAGGAUGAAGGCAGAUAUGUAGAAGAGAACAAACUCCGGGUGUCCCUCAUCAGUCCACCUCAUUCGCCAGACUUGUCACCAAUCAAUGGGACAUUUAAGCAGGGUCUAAGUGAAGCUCCAUUUAAAAAAGAGCAAGGAUUGAGUGGAGUUGACUUCUUCUAUUCAGAGCCCAUGGUGGCCAAGGCUGUGGACUUCAUCAAGAUAGUAAACAAUGGGGACUUGCAUGUGGAAAAGGACGUGAAGUCUGAGGAGAAAAGGAACCUAGCAGAGGUGAUUGUGAUGAAAGCGGCAAAGGAUGUGAAGUCAGAGGAGAAAAAGGACUUAGAGGAGGUCAUUGUGAUAAAGACAGCAAAGGAUGUGAAGUUAGAGGAGGAAAAGAACUUAGCAGAUGAGAUUGUGAUGAAAGCAGCUAGGGAUGUGAAGUCAGAUGAUAAAAACAACUUGGCAGAGGAGAUCGUGAUGAAGGCAGCAAAGGAUGUGAAGACAAAAGACGAUAAAAACAACUUGGCAGAGGAGAUUGUGAUGGAGGAGCCAAAGGAUGUAGAGUCGCGGCAAUUUGUGAAGACAAAUGUGGUGGAAGUGAGUCUAUCCAGAGAUGUUGAGGAGAUAAAGUCAAAACUAAAUGAACUUGAAUCAAAACUAAGUGAGGCUCAGGCUACCAUUUCAAAGCUUAUGGAAGAUAGGAGAUUAAACACUCAAGACAGAGUAUCUUUGAGAGAGGAACUAGCAACUUUGAGGAGUAGGAAAAGCAGACAAAGAGUGCAAGCAGAAUUCCCUCUUCUGUUUGUCAUUAUGGUGGCUAUGAUCAGUGCCACUCUCGGAUACCUUCUACAUUCAUGAAUCAGCAACUGUUUUAUACAAAGUGAGGCAGGCUCAUACUUAGUGUGAUAGUAGGUAGCAAAGGUAGGUUGUCACUUGUCAGAUUGCUCUUGCUCUGGUCUUCUAUGGUUGUAAGGGGUGCAUAGAGAGGUAGCGGUAGCAUCAACAUCUCGUAUCUGGGUAUAGUUUGCUUGCUUUAGUCGCUGUGGUUGUAAAUGUGAAUUUUAUACAAACAGAAUUGCUUGGAAGCUAAAUUUAUUCUGGCAGACUGGAUUUAAAG